UGUUGAAUGACGGACUAAUAUUUUUAUUUAAUAUUGUUAUCUCUUUCCAUUUCGUAUUUAAUAUUAUUUAUUUAGCUAAUAUAUUGGAAAAUUUCUGUAUGUGACCAAAUUCUUUCUGUAAGGUACGCCUGUACCUAUAUAAAUAACCUAUUAAAACAAAUGCAAACCAAUGAAUAGGUAUGGCGAAACAAGAAAAAAAUACGAAACCUGGGUUUGUAAUCAAACUUUCAUGUGAGACUGUUCAAAAAUUAUCAGAAGAAGACCAGCAAUCUAAAGGGACAAGUAAUUCUGAAAUUUCUGAGCAUACAGAUAAAAUACAAGUUAGCAAAGACACCGAAAAGUCCGAUCAGGUAGAAAGCAAUUUAAAGGUUAUUACACAGACAGAUGUAAUAAAUAAAGUAAAUCAGGAUACUACGUCAAAGGUAAAGGACAAAAACCUCAGUAAAAGUAUUGAAAAUGUACAUAGUCUAGUAGAAAAAGAUAAAACUUCUACAGAUAAAAAAGAUGCUACAGCAUGGGGUGAGUACGCUCCAUACAUUACUUACGAAGGUACAGUAGCUACUUAUACGGACCCAACAACACAACAAAAAUAUGUAUGGGAUGAAACCAGUACUUCCUGGACCCCUAAAAGUGGACAAGAAGUACCAGGGAGAACAUACAGCUAUGAGAAUGAUACACAUGUUUACACAGAGCAAGAUGGGUCUAAAUUCUUUUGGGAUGACCAAAAAAAGGCAUGGAUACCUAAAGUUGACGAUGACUUUUUAGCCUACUACCAAAUGUCAUAUGGUUUUGUUGAUAACACUACUAAAGAAGAAAGUAAAGAGGAUGCAACAAAAAAAGAGGCACAGAAGAAAGCUGAAGCCGGUUUAAAAAGGAAAGUUGAGCCACAGUGGUUUGAAGCUUCUGAGGAGACAAAUACAAAGGUGUAUGUAUCAAAUUUGCCAUUGGAUAUAACAGAGGAGGACUUUGUUAAUUUCAUGCAGAAAUGUGGUCUGGUGGAGCGUGAUGUGAGUACACAGAAAAUGAAGGUAAAAUUAUAUAUGGAUAAAGAACAGAAUUGUUUCAAAGGUGAUGCAUUAUGUACAUACAUAAAAAUAGAAUCUGUAGAUUUAGCUCUGAAAUUAUUAGAUGGCAGCGAUUUCAAUGGCAAUAAAGUUAAAGUGGAAAGGGCUCAUUUCCAAUUAAAAGGUGAUUAUAAUCCUGCUCUUAAACCCAAGAAAAAAAAGAAAAAAGAACUUGAGAAAAUAAAAAAAAUGCAGCAGAAGUUGUUUGAUUGGCGCCCUGAGAAGUUCCUAGGUGAACGGUCAAAACAUGAGAGGAUAGUGAUAGUUAAGAAUCUAUUUCAGCCCACAGACUUUGAUAAAGAUGUACAAUUGAUACUUGAUUAUCAGCAAGACUUGAGAGAAGAAUCUGCAAAAUGUGGUGAGGUACGUAAAGUGGUCAUCUAUGAUAGACAUCCAGAAGGAGUUGCUCAAAUCACCAUGAAGGAACCAACGGAAGCCGAUGCAGUAGUCCAGUUGAUUAAUGGAAGAUGGUUUGGUAAGAGGCAAAUUACAGCUGAAAUAUGGGAUGGAAGGACUAAAUAUCGAAUUGCAGAAACAGAUGCAGAAAUAAGUAAGAGAAUAGACAAAUGGGAUAAGUUUUUGGAAGGAAAAGAUAGUCAGAAUAAAGAAGGCACUCCAGAAGAAAAAGCUAAUAAGGAUAAAGAAAGCAAUGAAAAAUCUGAUACAGUAGUCUCACCGGAAACAGUUGAAACUAAAGAGACAGCUUAGUUGUAUUAAGUUUCAAAUACCUAACGUCUGUACAUUUAUAUUAUAUUAAGAGUACCUUGCAUUAGUGCAUUACACUGUAUUAUAAUAGUACAUUAAAAUAA